AUGCUGUGUCCUGAUUAUUUGGAUUUGUUCAAUGUAGGUUUGAACAGGAACCUUCACGAGCGCCUCAUAAAAAAGAAAAACUAUAGUCCUUUUGUGCGACCAGUGAAAACGCACAAUUCUGCAGUGCUUUUGUUUAUGAAUUUAAGUCUCAUUCAGAUUCUGGAUGUGGACUGGAAAGAUCACAAUUUUACUUGGGAUCCCAAGGAACACGGGAAUGUCACAUCGUUACUUUUACCGUCGGAAGAUAUUUGGACACCUGAUCUAGCCCUUUACAAUAACGCUGGUGGCAGCUGGGAUCUCGCAAGCUCCUCAUCAACUCUAGUUGUUGUCAAUUAUGAUGGGACUGUAACAUGGCGUCCUCCUAUCAUCUUUAAGAGUCAAUGCGAAAUUAACGUUGAGUACUUUCCAUUCGAUAUGCAGAACUGUUCUAUGAAGAUUGGCUGUUGGACUCACCACGGUCUUUUGAUUGAUCUCAGGCAUACAAGUCAGAAGGCAAGAUCGCAGCCGUCGUUUGAUAAUUGCAGAAGCCAAAUUGAUCAUGCCAUUGACUUAUCAAUGUUUACCACUGAUGUUCAAUGGGAUCUAAUAGGUGUUUCGGCGAGGCGAAAUAUCGAAUUUUAUCCCUGUUGUACAGAACCUUAUCUCGACAUAACGUUUUACAUAAUCCUUCGCCGUAAACCACUCUUCUUUGGUGUGAAUGUAAUCUGUCCCUUCUUUGAAAUAUCCCCACCCACCAGUUUGGUUGUGCCAUUAAUUGUAAAAUAUCUUCUCUUCACCAUGGUUUUGAUAAUUUUCUCCACGAUUGCAACGGUAGUAGUUCUUAACGUACGAACCCGAUCUCCAGGCAUUCAUAGAAUUUCUCCAUGGAUCAGGAAAGUUUUCAUCCACACGUUUCCAAAAAUCCUCUUGAUCAAGCAAUAUGAACGAAUUGAUACAUACAACUUCCAAAAGGAUUUUUCAUCACCUGCGAAUGGAUGGCCAAGUUCGAUUCAAGUAUUUUCUAGCGUUAAUUCCAACAUUUUGGCUGGCUUAUCACCAGAGCAACUGGAGGAGUCGCUUAAUAAAGUUCGCAAAACAAUUCUGUACUUCCGCCAGCAGGAAGAAUGGAAUAAGACACCCACGCUAUAUACCAACGAGCGCGUUCUCACAGCAUCAACAGCCCAUGCCAUGGAUGCCAUAAACGUCACUCGUCUCUCCUGCGAAACCAAACUCUCCUAG